AAAGCUAAUAAUGAUAUUUGAAAAUUUUCAUGAAAAUAAAAUCAAGCUAAGUUUGGAACUUAAUAAUAUGAAUUAUGCACAAUCUGAUAAAUUUAAUAAUGCCAAUGAAGUAGAUAUUACCAAUUCAGAUAAAAAUAACUUAGAACACGGAGAUAAAAAUAAAGUAUUUAUUUCUUCAAAGCACAAAAGAGAAAAACUUUAA